AUGCUGCGCGAUCAUGGAGCUAAGUACACGCUUGUGGCGGACGACGAUGCGCCCACUGAGACGAUGGGUACACAUCGCCGUCUAGCCAAGCGCAUGGCCGUCCUCGUAGCCGUCGCGCUGUGCGGUGUCGCAGCUGCCGUCACGCUCUUGAUCGCCUUGAAGCGAGACGUUGUGCUCACUCCGCUGAGCGAGGAGUCGAAGGGGUUUAAGUUGAAGACGUACCCUCCAUUGGUGGAGGAUGGCGGUGAUCUCGUUGUGUCUUGGGAGGGGGAAGCGUCCUCUACUUUAACCAGUAGAGACUACUUGACACUGAGUUGUGGCCCCACGACCGGGGAUGGAGACUACUUAAUGAAAAAAGGUGUGAAGGAGACGGACGCCAAUGAUCAUUCCGUCCGCUUCUCGGAGCUUUAUAUGAUGAGAUGCAACUACACAGCUGUGUAUUUUAACUAUGACGAGAAGACUGACAAGUUCAAGCCCAUUGCCAAGGUGGAGGCAGGCAUGAAGGAGCCGUUCGAUACACCAAAGCACGGUCACUUGAGUCUGACGGACGAUGAGACGGCUAUGGCUAUUUUGUUCAAUUCGGGAUCCUCGAAGACACCCAUGGUUAAGUAUGGGGAGAACCCGCAGGACCUGAAGUUCCAUGCGACGGGGACGACGACGACCUACGGAGCCGAUGACUUAUGCCACGAGCCGGCGAAUGUUCUGGGACAGCGAGCGUUCCGGGAUCCUGGGUUCAUGCACACGGUUAUCAUGACGGACUUGAAGCCGGACACGUACUAUUACUACCAAUACGGCCACGAGGGACAUGCUCUGAGUCACGUGCGACGCUUCAAGUCGCGGCCUCCAAAGAGUACUAAGUACGCAAACUUUAUUGCGUAUGCCGAUAUGGGCGCGUACGUUGAGCCAGGCUCGGCGUCGACUGCUGGAAGAGUUUACGAGGAAGUGAUGGGAGGAGGAUACGAUUCCUUCUUGCUGCACUUCGGCGACAUCAGCUACGCUCGAUCGGUUGGAUACAUUUGGGACCAGUUCUUUCAUUUGAUCGAGCCCUACGCGACCAGAUUGUACGUGCAUUUAGACGUCAACGUUGAAGAUUAUGAGUGCUAA